AUGGCUGCUCCUACUGUUUCUCCCUCCGGGGAUCAGGCGGCCAAACGUCCUGUCUCCAACAAACCCCAUAUCACCGAUCAGCCUAUCACUAUGCAGAAUUGGUGGCAGCACUUGCACAAACUCAACAUUACCCUCAUUGUCAUUGUCCCAAUUCUCGGUAUCUGGGCUUCAUUUUACACUCCUUUGUACAGAAACACCCUCAUUUGGUCAAUUACCUAUUAUUUUUGGACUGGUCUCGGUAUCACCGCCGGGUACCAUCGUCUCUGGGCCCAUUCGUCGUACUCUGCCACUCUUCCGCUUAAGCUCUUCCUUGCCGCUGUUGGAGGUGGUGCCGUUGAAGGAUCCAUCCGUUGGUGGUCGCGAGACCACAGAGCUCACCAUCGCUACACCGAUACCGACAAAGACCCCUACAGUGUCCGCAAGGGUCUUAUGUACUCGCAUUUGGGAUGGAUGGUUAUGAAGCAAAACCCGAAGCGCAUUGGCCGUACCGAUAUCUCUGAUUUGAACCAGGACCCCGUCGUUGUCUGGCAGCACAAGCACUACCUCUGGGUUGUGGUUUUCAUGGGAUUGAUCUUUCCUACUCUCGUUGCCGGUCUUGGAUGGGGUGACUGGAUUGGCGGCUUUGUUUACGCCGGUAUUCUCAGGGUCUUCUUCGUUCAACAGGCCACUUUUUGCGUCAAUUCUUUGGCCCACUGGCUCGGUGAUCAGCCAUUCGACGACCGCAACUCACCGAGAGAUCACGUCAUUACUGCUCUUGUUACCCUUGGAGAAGGAUACCACAACUUUCAUCACGAAUUCCCCAGCGACUACCGCAACGCUAUCCAAUGGCAUCAAUAUGAUCCUACCAAGUGGUGCAUCUGGACCUGGAAGCAGCUUGGUCUCGCUUACGAUCUGAAGCAAUUCCGUAGCAACGAGAUCGAGAAGGGCAGACUUCAACAGCAACAGAAGAAGCUUGACCAGAAACGUGCUACCCUCGAUUGGGGUGUUCCUCUCGAGCAACUCCCCGUCAUGGAAUUCGAAGAUUACCAGGAACAGGCCAAAAACGGUCGUGCUCUCGUCCUCGUCGCCGGUGUAGUCCAUGAUGUUACUGCUUUCCUUAACGACCACCCCGGUGGUAAGGCUAUGAUUAACUCAGGAAUUGGAAAGGACGCAACUGCUAUCUUCAACGGCGGUGUCUACAACCAUUCCAACGCUGCCCACAACCUUCUCUCCAACUUCCGUGUCGCUGUCAUCCGUGGUGGUUGCGAAGUCGAAAUCUGGAAACAGGCGCAAAAGGAAAACAAGGAAGUCAGAGCUGCCCUCGAUUCUAACAACCAGCGGAUCGUCCGCGCCGGUGACCAGGUCACCAGGAUUGCUGCGCCAAUCGCUCUUGCUCCCGCCUCAUAG